CCGCAACGAUGGUCAAGCACACACGACAGGCAGAUCCUAACUGGCACCUCCCGAGAACCUAAGCAGCGCACAACUUGAAGAAGGGAUCGGACAUCACAACAUCGCAGGUACUGCCUUCGUGCUGCUCCCGAAUAUCCAGAUUCUCGGGACCUCGCUCCGAGCAGAAGAUAGUCUUCUGAUUGCCUUUUCACAUCCACGACUCCUGUUAAACUGCAAGAACUACAUAAGUACUUGUAGAUUCCACCACGCUCGUUCCUGUAUCCCCAUCAAGGACCUCAACUUGCGGACCAGCAAGGCCGAUUCGAUCAGUCACUCUUCCCCACUUUCCCUUUUCCGCGUCGACCGUAUAGGCCGGCCCCUCAUGAGCCAGCAGUUUAUAAUAACCCAUCCCCACCUUCCCUUUACCGCCCUCGUAUCUCGAAAAAACGUCCUAUAAUGUCUUCUUCUCAACCUCACAACAUCCCACAAGAUCGCACAGACGCAUCUGGUGUGGGUACCGGCCAUAAGGAUGACUCGACAUCUCGUCGUGGAGUAGCCUUGUCAUCAAGUAGUGCUACACUCUGUCAUUCCGGAGAGCACAACGAAAAGGCCAGCCCCGAUGUCUCCCCAAAAUCUGGUCCCUCUCAGCUGCCCACUUCACAUCCCUCGACCAAUCAUCAUCUACCUCAUCGGGCUCCUCAGCCACCACCUGUCCCUCCUAUCGGUGUCGUAUCGGUCUUCGACCCCGCCUCACUGGGUGGCGGUGGCCCCCUCAAACGAAUCGAGACUCAACGAAGCGAGCGAUACGCUGAAGAAGAGAGGGAACGAGAAGCUCGUGAGGCGGCUGGCGAGACUGGCAAAGGCGGCAUCCUUCGGCGAUGGUCAACGGUCUCCAGACGACGACCUGUCGUAGUCCUGCCCCCGCAUUCUCAGCGACAUAGUGAAGACGAGCCCUCGCCCAUCGAAGGUGAAAGAGUUGCUCGACGCUUGUCCACGACGUUCAGCUUCAAGACAGCUCCACGCGAAAAAGACGACGACUAUAGGUUCCCUUCCGAAAACGACAUUGAGCCCCAGACCUCCGAGAAAGAGGCGGGGGAACAUGAAUAUCCCGACGGAGGAUAUGGCUGGGUCGUGCUUGGCGCAUGUUGCUGCCUCUCAGGAUGCACCUUGGGCUGGGGUAUGUGCUACGGUGUCUUUCAAGAGUACUACCUCAGCAAUGUCUACCUAGACGCCGACACCUCUGUUUUAUCUCUAGCUGGUACCCUGUGUGCAUUCAUGAUGAAUGCGACUUCUUUCUUUUCUGGAAGAUAUGGAGAUCGCUUUGGUUUCAAGCGAGUGCUCUACUGCUCAGCUAUAGUCUCAUGGCUGGGCCUUUUCCUGGCUGGCUGGUCUACCAAGCUUUGGCAAACAAUCUUAACCCAAGGUCUACUGACAGGGAUAGGACAAGGCUUAGCUUUGCCCCUCUUUAUGUCUCUGCCAUCUCAGUGGUUUUACCGCCGACGCGGUCUUGCCAGUGGUAUUGCGAUUGGAGGUGCUGGUCUUGGCGGCGGUACAGCAACUCUGGUAUGUAGACAACUCUUGACAACUGUGGGACACAAGAAGACGCUGUGGAUAAUGGCAUGCAUCAACCUUUUCUUCAUGACCGUGUCCACUAUGCUGGUCAGGACCCGACCCACCUCACCCGAAGGUCGGGCUACCGGGAAAGGACCGUGGGUUGACUGGAGGGUCGUCAAAACUUCUUCGUUCUGGAGCCUGGUCAUUGGAUUGGUAGUCGCUUGUACGGGAUAUGCGAUGCCUUACAACUUUACCUCUCAGUGGACGCGGCUCCACUUCCCUGAACUCAGACCGAUUCUCCUCGCCCUCCCUGUCACUCUGAUGGGCUUCACUGUCUGCAUAGGCAGGGCCAUAAUCGGUCUCGUCGCGGAUUACCUCGGCCCCUUGAACACCUUCAUCCUCUGCUUUCUCCUCUCGGGCGCCGUUCAGCUCUGCCUUUGGCUUACGGCUUCGUCCUUCGCGUCGAUUCUGGUAUUCGCGGUAGCAUUUGGCCUGGUGGCUCCCGGGUAUAUGGGUAUCAUCCCACAGAUCAUCGUACAAUUGUUUGGAGCGGAUAACCUGGCAACCAACGUUGGUAUUCUGCUUCUGUUCAACGGUCCCGGAAACCUAAUCAGUGGCCCUAUCGGUGGCGCUCUCUACGACUCGAGUGGCCGAACGACGUUCAAAUACAUGAUCAUCACCAGCGGGUGCUUGCAGCUCGCUGGUGGACUGAUCUGCUGUUGGGCUCGAUUCAAAGCUAGCCACAAGGUGUUUAAGAAACUAUGAGGUGUCUGAUUGGACAUACCAUUUACACUCUUUGCCUCGACGGUCAUUCAAAGGCGCUUGUGUAGUAUAGCAUAAUACCUCCGGUGAUCCCGCAUAUGUACCAUGUCCUUUUCCUA